AUGGUUGCCUUCCAGAACAUCAUCAUCUCCAGCAUCCUGGCUGUUGCUACUAUGGCCGCACCCACCAUCAUCGACAAGGAAGAGUCCAGCUCCUCGCUCGUCCGUCGUAAGAACACCAACAAGUGUGAAGCUCACAUCCACUACGAUGUCUCCAACGGUCUCUGCGGCAACUCUUGCACCGGAAAAUACAACAUCGAUCUCCUCGACAACUCCGAACCCGCCCAAGCUUUUGGCAAAACCUUCGACUGGUCUGCUGUCGGCACCUGGAGUGCUACCAACCCGGACUACCAGAUCAAGAUUGGAACUACUAGAGGUCCUGAGCUUUUGAUCGAUGGAAGCAUUCCCAAUGGUCUUGUUCACGAUUCUUGGAGGAACUCUUUUACUAUGAACUAUGGUGAUCAACACUGGAACUCGCAUGAGUGUGAGAACUGGAAGUACAAGAGUGCUAGAGCUAGUAAUGGGUUCAGACAUGAGUUUGAUCUUUGGUGCGAGUUUGAUUGUUAG